UCACUCAUAUACAGCGGACGCGAGGAAAGUAGGCCCCACUCACUAUCACUAUCAUCUCAGGGCAGUGAUUGAUUUCCGUCACACUCCGCGCCGGUGUCACUCACAGGUUCACCCUGACAUUGUACCCAUCCGCCACCCGCAGAGAGGCGGCAAGAUGGAAGCGACCGGGAAAAAACAGACAGUUCACCGUGAGUGGGCUGAGGGAGAUGGUGGCGCUGACAGAAUGAUGGGACAGCUGGACGUGCUUCCAGUCCAGCAGCAAUGGGCAGAAAGAGACAAGAGGAAAAAAAGGACACUGCACAGGUCUCACAUCAUGACCAGUCCAACCAGAGAGGGACGACAGACCCCCUAGCAGCCACCAGUGGAACAGGUCGGCUUCUGAACGGAACUCAUUUCCUUAGUUGGACCAACACUGACCAGGAGAGAGGGGGGAGGUCAUUAAACCGAGUCCAUUCUUACACCAAGAAAUCAGAAAAUCCCUUAAAUCUUCCCAGGAACUUCAUUGUGAAGACAAUCAGGGUUAAAGCAGAGCAGAGUACUAAACCAAACUACUGUUGGAGGUGUGCGGCUACACCGAUCACUGAGUGCUCAGGGCUGAAGUACCCAGAGAGAAGAGUGUCACCUCGGUCUGUCCAGCUGUGAUUGGCCAGCCGAUGCAUGUCCUGCACAACAUCUAAACACGGCCUGAUGUCUCCAUGGAGAUGCAAACAGACGAGCAUAGUUUCCACCGGAGCUGACAGCGAGUGAUGUGGUGUGUCAGUAAAUCAGGAGACAACGUCCGUGUACUGAGGAUCAUCACUGUCUUUGAAACUGCAAGUUCAAAGACUUGGCUUUGAGUUCUACUCCCAGAAAUAUUCAUGCACUGGUGGAAGAACUGAACCCUGUCCUCGGCUUCAAAUAUUUAAUUUGCGUCAGCCACAGACAUGGCCUCCCUCCGCCGACUCCUCUCCUCCGCCGCGGCAGGAAGGCUCCUCUUCGUCGCGCCCGGGCAGCGAACGUCCGCGUUGAAGGUGGUGGCAGCCGGAGCCUGCGCCGGUGCUGCUUUUUACUAUUAUUAUCUCCACCAUCGUCAGCGGUGCUGGAGGAGCCGCGUCGAGGCUCGACUGUCGACUCUGCUGCUGCCGUCAGUCUGUGCCACGGAUAAGGCCCGGUCGUACAGUCUGGAUGAUGGAGAUGUUUACAUGUCGUCCUAUGAAAACAGAUUCCGUCUGUUCAGUUCGGUGGAACACGAGGGUCAGCUCUUCAUGACGCCGCUCAACUUCAUCGAGUCCGUCACCGUGAACGAACCCAAAAGUAAAAGAGCAUGGAGGUCUCUGACGAAGAAGGAGUUAGACAAGAUGCUGGCUGAUACUCCACCUGUUUGGAAAGGAUCAUCCAAUUUGUUCAGGAAUCUUCGUGAAAGAGGUGUCAUCAGUUACACAGAGUACCUGUUCCUGCUCUGCAUUUUAACCAAGCCUCACGCCGGCUUCAGGAUCGCCUUCAACAUGUUUGACGCGGAUGGGAACGAAAUGGUGGACAAAAGAGAGUUCUUGGUGCUGGAGGAAAUAUUCCGCAAGAAAAAGGACAGAAAAGAAGUUGGUGAUGUUGAGAGGCUGGACCAACAGAAUCUGCAGCUUUACGGUCAUCGCAAAUCCCAGCUGCACAAUGUCCUUAAAAAAGACAGUCAGCAUGUGGAGAACCGCGGCAUGUGGGACGUUCUCAGACGUCGAACCAGUCAUGUUUUGUUUUCCGAUCUGUCCGAGGGGAAUGAAAAAACAGAAACGACGCUGCUGGUGCAUUUCUUUGGGAAAAAAGGCAAAGCCGAGCUGAAGUUUGAAGAUUUUUACAAAUUCAUGGACAACCUGCAGACAGAGGUGCUCGAGAUAGAGUUCCUCUCCUACUCCAAAGGUAUGCCCACCAUCAGUGAGGAAGACUUCGCCCGGAUUCUCCUGCGCUACACCAACGUGGACGAUGUCAACAGUUACCUGGAGAGUGUGCGACACAGUAUUCCUGAUGAAAAGGGAAUCACCUUCGAGGAGUUCCGCUCUUUCUUUCAGUUCUUAAACAACCUGGAGGACUUCGCCAUCGCCAUGCAGAUGUACAACUUUGCCCACCGCUCCAUUGGUCAAGAGGAGUUUGCCAGAGCUGUUUACGUGGCCACGGGGAUCAAACUCACCCGACACUUGGUCAACACCGUCUUCAAGAUCUUUGACGAGGAUCACGACGACAAGCUGAGCCACAAAGAGUUCAUCGGCGUCAUGAAGGAGCGGCUGCACCGCGGCAGCAGGGGCUUGAGAGUGGAGGAGAAAUUCACUUCAUUCAAGAGCUGCAUGAAGAAGGAGCUUUCAGGAAGAUAGGCAGUUACGCAGGCCACCAAGCUUAAACCAACAGGAUUGGCACAAACAGGAAGUGGUCGACCAAACAGUAACCGUGUGAAAGUGGUAAAAAAAAAAAAAGUCUUAAUGAAUGCACUGAGGACAAAGUUCUGAUUUCUACUGUAAAUUGCACUGAUGGGUUUAUUUAACUUUCAACCUGUUUAAAUAUUCAUGUUCAGUUUACUGUGUCAGAAUAUUUACUUUCUAAAGCAGUGGCUCCCAAACUGCCUCUGCAGCGCCCCCCUAGGUCGUUAGGAUAAUUGUGUAAUCAUGUGAGUUUUGCACACUAUGCUAUAAAUUUAAAGAAAUAUAGAUAUGUUAGGGGUAUCCACCCUUCAUGGGGGCCCGACCCCCCCACUUUGGGAACCUCUGGUCUGAAGCCUAAUCACUCUGCAACUUUAUAUUUUAUUGUGUUUUAUUUUAAAGUUUUCAGAUAAGUACAUGUAGUACAGUGUGUACAGUUUGUUGGUACUGCAGCCCCCUGCACAGAUCAGCUUAGGACAGCAGCACCACUCCCUCCCCCUUGCCUCCCUUCCUCCCCCACCUUUCCUCUCUGUCCCAAAGCUCUGCAGCUAAAAUCUUGCAGGAUUCCCCAGAGCCAGCAGGCCUGAGAGCACGCACAGUUUUCUCUCUCUUUAACUACAGGCACAGCUCACACUCUUAAUCAUUGUUUGGCUUCUACACACAGAUGCUAUUUUUAAGCCACAGAUCAGACCUCUUUAUAGAUAUGCAAAAAAAAAAUUUAAAAAAAAAACAACUCUCGAUUCUGAAGCCAUAUGUGUGUCCCUCCUCACAGGAGACGACAGAAAUGAAUGUUAGUUUUAAUGAGCGGUGGAUGAAGAUGACUCUCCCUUUAAGUUUGCACUCGAUCUCCUCCACAGAGUUAUUCAAAUGAACUAUUGAUAAAAGUACUACUAAAUU